AUGUCUAAAGCUGGUGUAACCUCUGAAGCCAAAGCCUUGGCUAUUGCCAAGUUCAAGAAAUCUCGGCUAAACAAUCACAAUGCUGACCCUACUCGUAACCAGCCUCUCAUGAAGUGUACCAAAUGUGGUUUAGAUAACCAUAUAAUUAAGGGCUAUUAUGAGAUCAUUGGUUAUCCAGAAGGAUGGGUUCACAAAGGGCAAAAGAAGGAUUUGAGCAGACCCUUCUUUGCAUACGCUGAGUCAUCUACUUGCAUCAUAACUUCCAUCAGGUACAUUUGGCUUCAAAGCCUGGUGACGCAGCUCGUGAUAGCAAGAAUGAUGAAGAAUAAAAAAGAAAACAAUAAACCUUAA